GGCUGUCUCCAAACACACCGCGGUUGCUGCAUGUUUUGUUGACAUCCGAGCAGAGAAACACUCCCACGCUUCAUUUAAAUGGCUACAGGUUACAGAAAAGCAGCUCCUUCUGCCAGCCAGAGGAAGAAACCAGGUCCCAAACAAGAGCUCAGUGAGGAGCAGAAGCAAGAAAUCAAAGAGGCUUUUGAUCUGUUUGACACAGAUGGGACUGGAACAAUAGAUGUGAAGGAGCUGAAGGUUGCCAUGAGAGCUCUCGGGUUCGAGCCCAAGAAAGAGGAGAUCAAGAAGAUGAUAGCAGACAUCGACAGAGAAAGCUCUGGAACAAUUGACUUCAGUGACUUUCUCGGUAUGAUGAGUUUGAAAAUGAGCGAAAAAGACUCCAAAGAAGAAAUAAUGAAGGCGUUCAGACUGUUCGAUGAUGACGGCACAGGAAAAAUCUCGUUCAAAAAUCUCAAGAGAGUAGCCAAAGAGCUGGGUGAAAACCUCAACGAUGACGAAUUACAGGAAAUGAUCGAUGAGGCAGACCAAGACGGUGAUGGUGAGAUCAACGAGCCGGAGUUCUUGAGGAUAAUGAAGAAGACUAAUCUUUACUGAAACCGUUCUGUGUUACGAUCUUUAUCUGGAAUUUUUUUUUUCUAUCAGAACAGUUCAUAUAGUACCUUUUCUUGAGACAGAUUAGUUUGUGAAUAGUGGCAUCUGUGGUUUGUGAAUAAAUGUUUUAACAUGCUGUAUUUUUGCACUGGCUUUUCUACAAUGCAAGAACAAUAAAUAUAUUUCCUCAC